UUGACCGUUAUCUUGGACGAUCAAACGCGUUAACUAAUGGUCAACAUGCCACGUCAGCAUUCGGUCAUCAUAAAAAUUAUUAAAAUAUUCACAAUUUACACAUAUUUUCUAAUUUUGAAUUAUUACAAUUAAAACAAAAUUGAAACCCCCACCGGCUGCUCCCCUCCGUCUACUUCCCCAACCUCUUCUUCGAUUUUCGUUUUCCCAACUACCUCUUCCUCCUCUUUCCGAUUUCCCUAUUCUCAAGGUCUGUUGCCACUUUGAUUCUAGAACCUAAUUCGUUUCCUCUUUGAUUCUAAAACCCUAAUUACCAUUUGUAACGAACCAAUGUAUGGGUAGGGGGUUAAUUGUAAUACGAUUUAGUUUGGGGAGCAAUGUGUAAUUAGUGUGUCAUAUAAAUAGGGUUGUGAUGUAAGGAGAAAGUAUCGAAAAUCAAUUACAGAAAAUAUUUACCCUGCUCUUUUUCUUCCCUUUUAUCUGUAUUCUUCCUAUGUUCCCUUCUUCUUCCUCAACCUCUCAUUUCCUACACUUUCUCUUCCCUUUUUCCAGAACCCAAACAACUCGCGAAGACUAAUUCUUCCUCCCAGGGGUGACAAAUUGGUAUCAGAGCCUCUUCUUGGAAAAAUGACAACCACACAGAUUGACUAACAACUGCAUCUCUUCCCCAAUCGGAUCGUUGAAGCAGAAUCACCGGUUGGAGAUCGUGUCGCUUCUCUAGAAGAGCAACGGGCGUAGCAUACCAAUCAGUUACCGGACUUGGUAUCUCGCUCCGACGUCCACAACUAAACAAUUUGCAACUCUUUAACACAAUAUUGGACAUCAUGGCAACUCAAUCUGAAGCUCGCUUCGGGCAAUUCGGUCAGAUACAGAGAAACAUUCAAAAGAUACUACAGAGGAUGGAUCUCGGUCCAAACCAUCUAGAUAUGACCAUUGCAGGUGCGGUGGAGCCUUUGGUGGGCCAAAAGGUUCUUAACGAAAGCGUCCACAACCUGUUCGACGAAAUGAUGAGCAGAACAAGAGCUUGCUUUCUAUGAAUGGAGUUUCAAAUUCCAUGAUGUUGGGUGAAACAUCAGCAGCUUGCUCUCCGGUGAUACCUUCUGUCGUCGUUUCACCAAACGAUAACUUUCCCCUCAAAGAAUUUCCCUCCUUCAAUGGCGAUAAUGCUAGAACCGGUGAUACCUUAAGGCCAACAACAGGAAGCAACAAUUACAGUCAAAGGACACAACCACACAGGAGUUGAUUUUGCUGCACCAUUUCAGGGUUUGGUGAAGACAGAACCGAACGAGUUGUAUUCUGCAGAGUUGUAUCUUGCAGAUAGUGAUAUGGAGGAUUCUUGUGAAGUAUCAAAUAAUAAAGGGAUUGAUUUAGGUGACAACAACCAUAUGGACAAUGUGGAGCCAGCGCAUACAAGACUACAUGGUCAGUUUGAUAUUCCUGAUGUGACUGAGACCGAGAGUUCAGCUCAAUCAAGCUUGGUGGACCAGAAUGAGAACCAAGUAGCUUCUGUCAAUGUGGUUUUUGGAAUGGGAAAGUCAGUUUCUUUCACUGAAAAUUGGUUGGCUAACAAGGGCAGUGGAGAUAUGACAACAUCGAAUUCAUCUCAAGGACUCAUACACAUAUCCAACCUAGCCUUGAUUGAGAAGGGCUUGAGUGAUAUUCUUACUUCUCAAGCUGUGGAUGUGGCAGCAACUCAUUCUUUGCAAAAUGGUGAUAGAACAACUAUGGGGGCUAAGAUCAAUGUGGGGGUCGCAGUUAAGUUGCCAAAUGAUAAGCUAGAACGAAGUUCAAGAAAUGAUGGAAGUAGGGUGAUGGAGACUGUAAAUGGCUUGAUGGUGACUAGUUCUAUUGAUAGUUGGAAGAAGAUUAAUCGCCCCCUCUCUUCUAUUGUAUAAAUGUACAAGCUUAUGAGUGUUUUGCCAGCUUGCGGGGUGACAGAAGGUCUAAAAGAACCAAGUUCAGAGUUAGUUUCUUUUACUGAAAUUGCAAACAAGGAAGUAGUAGUUGCUGAAACUCAAGUGCAACAAAAGUUAGUUCAUUGU